AUGGACCACAUGCACGGCGGCUUCCAGUUGCCCAUGGCCGGCCCGCCACUGAUGAACCAGCCGCCCCAGAUCUUUGGCGGAUACACCGAACAUGGCAUGCCACUACACGGGCUCCCGCCCGACCUGUCAGUCGCCCAGAUGUUUGGCGACCACGGCCUACUCGAAGACUCGAACGAAGCAAAGAGGCGGAGGAUAGCGAGGGCUUGCGACAUGUGCAGGAAAAAGAAGAUUAAGUGCGACGGGAAACUGCCAUUCUGCACGCACUGCGUCAACUACAAGACAGAAUGUGUCUUCACCCAGGUGGAGAAGAAGAGGAACCCCCCCAAAGGGGCCAAAUAUAUCGAGGGCCUCGAGAACCGCCUAGGCCGUAUGGAAAGCCUGCUAAGGCUGUCAGGCUUGCUGGGCGAGGACGACAAUGGGGCUACCGACCUCGGCACAUUAGAAAAGAAGCUCGCCGAGAAGCAUCAGCAGUCGAGACAAGCUUCCCAGGCUGCCUCGGACCCUACUUCGCCAUCCCAGACGGCGUCGGCCCAGGAUGGAAACGCCUCGACGCCACAAAGCUCCCUGACAUCGCCCGAGCCGUCAAAGGACGAGAAGAGGAAAUCCCUCACGCCGGAUAAGAAAGAGGAGGAACAGGAGGAGGUUGCUGCUUUGUCGGAGAUGAUGUGCUCUCUGGUCACCAACAACUAUGGCGAGACGAGAUAUAUCGGCUCGUCGUCCGGGUUUUCCAUCUUUUCGCCAAAGGGGAUACAGUGGGUGAAUGAGAAGACGGGAGACAACUCAUUCCAGCAGAUGAUCUCGGACGUCUCGAUCGACGACCAUAAAUGGACGGCCUGGAAGCCCGAUGUGUUCGGCGACAUUUUCCGCCGCACAGUCUUUAGGGAGUUGCCCCCAAAGCCAGAAGCGCUGUCCCUUUUGAAAGACUACUUCGAGAACUUCAACUGCAUGCUGCCGCUAUUCCACCAGCCGACAUUCAUGCACUUGGUAGAGAGGCAAUACUCGUCCGACCCGUACCGGGGGUCCGGAUGGUGGGCGAGCCUAAAUGUGGCUCUGGCCAUUGCUCACCGUCUGCGAGUCAUGAGCAACCUGGUACCAGCUGAUGAAGAUGAAAAGGCGUGGGCCUAUCUCAAGAAUGCCAUGUCUGUCUUCACCGAGCUCACCAUGCGGAACACUGAUUUGCUCAGCGUGCAGGCGCUCUUGGGGAUGGCGCUCUUCAUGCAGGGAACGCCCAACCCGCAGCCCUCUUUUCUCUUGAUCGCCACAGCAAUCCGACUCUCGCACAGCAUCGGCCUACACAAGCGCGUGACGGGGUUCAACCUGAAUCCCGUCGAGAUCGAGCAGCGGAAGAGAGUCUUUUGGAUUGCCUACAUGCUGGAUAAGGAUUUGUGCCUGAGAUCGGGAAGGCCCCCGGCGCAACACGACGACGACAUGAACGUGAGCCUGCCCGAUGCCGAUCCCGUCGACAACAUCGGAAACAUUCCCUUGGCAGACGGAAAGGGUAAGAUGAACCUGUUCCGAGUCAUGUGUGAGCUAGCCAUGGUUGAGGGCAAGGUGUACAACAAGCUGUACUCGACCAAGGCAACCAAGCAGUCGGACGGCGAGCUGCUUAACACAAUCGGAGAGCUCGACCAGGAACUCGAAGAUUGGAAAGACAGCAUUCCCAUCGAUUUCCGGCCCGAGCACGAGAUUAAGGCGUCGCACACUCCGCUUAUCCUACAUAUCGUCAUGCUGCACUUCAACUAUUACAGCUGUUUGACUACAAUUCACCGCAUGUCGAUACACCACGGGUACUGGACUAGCCGACUGUCGAAUUAUGCUAUCCAGGGCCUCAAUGCGAGACCACUGAACCCUCGCGUCUAUUCUUCGGCAGCACUGUGCACCGCAGCAGCAAGAGCCUCGAUUUCCCUGCUGAAAUACAUCCCUCAAGGGGAUUUCUCUUGUGUCUGGAUGGUGUUAUACUUUCCCGUGUCUGCCCUCGUCACAUUGUUUGGAAAUAUUUUGCAGAACCCUCUUGACCCCAGAGCGCGAUCAGACACAAGGCUCAUGAAUGUGGUUGUAACCUUUCUCCUGACUCUCGGUGUCGAGGCCGAGACUGGCGGCGUCCAUCGCAUGCUCGGCGUUUGCUCCGAGUUUGAGCGGAUAGCCAAGUUGGUAAUCGAGAAGGCGGAAAAGGACCACUCAAUGCGACGGAAGCGGAAGGGCCAUGACUCGUCGAAUAGCAAGACAACGUCGAGCAACUCGGCAUCCAACGGCGGUGCCCCGUCUCCCUCGUUCAGGCCCAUUCCCCACACCCCCUCGUCAGCGGCCCAAGGCCAGACACCAAGACCCGGGACCUCGAGUUCUGCGACGCCUCAGCCGAGCCACAGCGAUAUGAAUGGAAUCAGCAACGGUAACGGCAACAGCCACAGGCAUCUCUCACCGCCAUCAACCGACUACCACACGCCGCCUAACGGGUACAGCCCGAUGACGCACACGAUGAGCCAGAGCCCGUCGCCCGGAAUCGCCCCUACUGGUUGGACAAACGACUUUACAGCCAACGGUGGGGGUGAAGGUGACUACAGGUUUGGGGACCCGGCUAGCUACGGUGCCAUGGGAGCCGCCGCCAUAGGCGCUACCAUGGGGAUGGGCGGCAUGGGGAGCCCACCGUUGGGCGGCAUGGGCAUGUUCCAGCAGCCCAUGCUCCCGCAAGACCUGUUCAGCCUGCCGAUGACGCUAGACUGGGACUGGGCCGAGAUGAGCGGCGGUGCGUAUCCGAGCGUGGAAAACGGAAACUUUGGAGAUGUACGGCGGUGA